AGGGGGUGGGGGGGUGAUCAGACUUGCUACAUCCCUGCCAAGGGUGAGAGCAUUUUACGCGCGAUCCAGCCACCGAUCUCCAGCAGCACUCCUCUUCCAUCAGGACUAAUUUCACCAUGAAAACUUUCAAAGUCUCAUUCUGACAGACGCGGACGAUUUUUCUCUCUGUGAUUCGUGAGGGGAGGAAAAACAAAAAGGCACAACUUUUAGCAGCAGACACCAUCUGCGCGGAGGUUGAAGUUAUUCCAUCUUCUUUUUUGGUGCCAAUUAUACAGGCUGAGUGUCGAAGCCGGCCCCGGUCGCCGCUGACCCCGUUGGCCACCUUUAAUGUCAACUCCUCGGCUCCUAAGUGAAGGGAAUUACCCCACUCUUAGUCUCCAAUCAGGGAAAAAAGAAGAAGAAGAGCAACACAGCAAAAUGCAGAGCUUGACUCUUCUGCAGCGGGUCUGACUGCUCUUGCUGUGUACUGAAGCACAGGGUCAGGACUGUGUGGAUAAAAAAAAAAAAAAAACCCAGAGGGUUUUGACAUUUCAGCCUCACUGUCUUUUUUUAGUGUUCGUUCCUCUUCUGGCCUCGCUUCUUUUUUUUUUUUUUUUCUUUUGGAGUGCGCCCAGAUGAUGGGGUGGUGUCGCUCAGGCGUGUGCAGAGCCCUGGCUCUCUUGGCGCUCCUGUUCCCCCUGCGGGAGAUGGGGGGCUGCUGGGGGCUGAAUCCCGGCUCUGGGGAUCUGGAGAACUCCCAGCACUCUGAUCCAGACCCCUGGGAGGUCCUGCACAGGCACAGACGCAGCUGGGUAUGGAACCAGUUCUUCGUAUUGGAGGAGUACACGGGAAAUGAGCCGCUCUACGUUGGCAAGCUACAUUCAGAUGUGGACAAAGGAGAUGGCAAGGUGAAAUAUGUGCUCUCUGGCGAGGGCGCCACCUCCAUCUUCACCAUUGAUGAGAACACAGGAGACAUCCACGCCACGAAGCGCCUUGAUCGGGAGGCUCAAGCUUACUACACCCUCCAAGCUCAAGCUGUAGACCGAAUCACCAAUAUACCCGUCGAGCCCAGGUCUGAAUUUGUGGUCAAGGUCCAGGACAUCAAUGAUAAUGAGCCAAAGUUUCUGGAUGGACCGUACCUGGCAGGAGUUCCAGAGAUGUCACCCUUAGGAACCACGGUAGUGCAAGUGGCAGCCACAGAUGCAGAUGACCCGACAUAUGGGAACAGUGCCAGAGUGAUCUACAGCAUCAUCCACGGACAGCCGUACUUCUCAGUGGAGCCCAAGACAGGUAUCAUCAGAACAGCUCUGCCAGACAUGGACCGGGAGACAAGGGACCAGUAUGUUCUCGUCAUACAGGCCAAAGACAUGGUCGGCCAGAUGGGUGGCCUCUCCGGCACAACCACCGUCACUGUCACGCUUACCGAUGUCAAUGACAACCCACCGCGGUUCACUCACAAGAGCUAUCAGUACACGGUGCUGGAGUCACUGCCGGUGCAAUCUGUGGUGGCCAGAAUCAAGGCUGCAGAUUCUGACAUAGGCUCCAAUGCAGAGAUGGACUACAGGAUCAUGGACGGAGACGGGCCUUCCAUUUUCAACAUAACGACAGAUGAGGAAACACAAGAUGGAGUCAUUAUCCUCCUGAAGCCUCUGGACUUUGAAACAAAGAGCAGCUUUUCGAUGAGAAUUGAAGCCACAAACAGGAACAUCGACUCCAACUUCUUAAGUUCAGGACCAUUCAGCGACACAACAUCAGUCAGGGUGACAGUGCAAGAUGUGAACGAGCCACCGGUCUUUUCAUCUCCUCUUAGCAAGAUGGUGGUUUCAGAAGACGCCAAAAUGGGCACCUCAAUCGGAAGAGUCUCUGCCCAUGACCCGGACACCUCCAACAAUGCCAUCAGGUACUCCAUUGACAGAAACACCGACUUGGAGCGCUUUUUUAAUGUAGACGCUUUAAGUGGGGUCAUCAGCACAGCCAAGCCUUUGGAUCGUGAGGCCAACUCGAUCCAUAACCUCACCAUCUUCGCUAUCGAGAGCCAGGAUCCAAAUCAGAUUGGAAAAGGAAUCGCUCUCAUCACAGUGCUGGAUAUAAAUGAUAAUGCCCCGGUCUUUGCCAUCGACUAUGAAACCCUCCUCUGUGAAAACGCCAUGCCAGGACAGGUGAUCCAGACCAUCAGCGCCGUGGAUAAGGACGAACCUUUGAGCGGCCAUCGCUUUUAUUUCGCCCUGGCUGCUCCUGUUGCCGGCAACCUCAACUUCACCCUGCGGGACAACAAAGACAACACGGCGUCCAUUUUGACUAAACGAGGCGGCUUCAGGCGAGGAGAGCAGCCUGUGUACCGGCUGCCCGUGUUGAUUGUGGACAGUGGAAGUCCGGCCCUCAGCAGCACAAACACACUGUCGGUGCGCGUGUGCGACUGUGACUCCGACGGCGUGGCCUUGUCUUGUGGAGCCGUGGCUUACAUCGCGACCGGCCUGAGCACCGGUGCCCUCCUGGCUAUUUUGGGCUGCAUCAUCACACUCCUGGUGAUGGUUCUGCUAAUUGUGACGAUGCGUCGGCGGAAGAAGGAGCCCCUGAUCCUGGAGGAGGAGAGGGACAUCAGAGAGAACAUUGUGCGUUAUGAUGACGAGGGCGGGGGAGAGGAGGACACAGAGGCCUUCGACAUGGUUACCCUGCGUAACCUAAACGUCAUCAGGGACCCCAACGUGCGGCGAGAUGUCACACCUGAUACUCCCACCUUCUUUCAUUACCCAUCAACUACUCGCCCAGCCUACAAAUCCCUGCCGGACAACGUGGUGUUUCGAGAGUUUAUUUGGGAGCGUCUUAAGGACGCCGAUGUGGACCCGUCCGCUCCCCCGUACGACUCUCUGCAGACGUAUGCUUUUGAAGGCAGCGGCUCUGUAGCAGACUCUCUAAGCUCACUGGAGUCACUAAGUACAGAUUCAGAUCAGAACUACGACUAUCUGAGCAACUGGGGACCACGCUUCAAAAAGCUGGCCGACCUCUACGGGAACAGCGACAGCGCCGGUGUCUUCUCAUAGCCCCUCGAUGUCUCUCAACAUUUCUUGGACUUGGCAAAAAAAUAAAAAUACAAGUAAUUUAUUGUCAGAGAAAAUGAUUUUGUCUGCCUUAGCGCAUUGGAGGAAAGGAUUCAAAGACAACACAGGAGAGAUUGAGAGAAAAACGCUUUGACUUCAAAGGUUUAGGGUUUGUUUACCUCCUUGUAUGGAUUUUCAAAAGCGUGCCAUGGUGAGUUUUGACAUCAAAAGUGACUCGACGGAGGAGGAAACCUUGUGUGCAAAAGACAUUAAAGGUUUCCGAGUUUGGGGUCCAGCCCAACCAUUGACUGCAGAAUGCAUACAUGUUGGAGCAUUUCUACGGGGAGGAACGUGUCCUUUCAUUCCAGCGAUGGGCACGGGCCCAGCACCCUUUGCUUUGAUGCAUUCCUUUGCUAUCUUUGUGCUAAAAAAAAAAAAAAAACGUUUCACAUGAAAUGCUGUGUCCCUGGCGGCUAAUCAGUAGUCACUUGACUGUUCAAUAUGAAUUUGACAACAUGAAAUCUAUGGAUUUUUUUCUUUCUUUCUUCCUUUUUUUUUAGGGAUGGUUGUGGAGCAGGUUGGUGAGAUGUUUUUUCAUAAACAUUUAAACACAGAGGCACAUUAUUCAUGGACUCUGUCAUACCUCGCAACACCAUAUGAGAAGUGCAACUGCACACAUACAGUAUAAACUAGUAGUUGAUGUGCUAAGGAAGUGAUGUGAAGACAUACGUUGUGCAAAUAACAAAAAAUAAAGAAUGACACUCAGUCAGUUUGAUGUCUCCACUGGGCGAAACAGGAUUGAUAUCAUUUCUCUAAUUCUCCUAACAAUACAUUUUGCAGAUGUUGCAAUGUAGUGUUUGUCUGAGUCUGUUUUUUCUUCCGCCUUUCUAUUUUCCAACUCCGAUGUUUCUUUUUCUGAGCUAUUCUGUUGUUCUGCUUUUGUAUGAUGCAAGGGGGCUGGAAAAGUCCUCUUGUUGUGUUUGAUAGUGAGAUUCACGCAAACUAGACCCAAGAAAAUUGUUUUUGUUCUGAGAGGUGAAGUUGCAGUUUGUCAAGUAAAUGAAAUUUGCUUCUGUAGUUUGCAGAGUCCAGCAUAUAUUGUCAUUCAGACAUGAAGUCAAUGAUGUCCAUGGUUUUGUUUAUUGAUGGUAAAGGACACACUGUAUGAUAAUAUUCAUGCGCCGCAUUGUGCCCACUUUGUUUCUCCAGCUUAAAAAAAAGUUCUGUUAUGAUUGGGUGUCGACAUGUACAGCCGAUAUGUAUUAUUAUUAUUAUUAUUUAUUUUGAAGGCGCAGAAUUGUGCAAAUGAUGUUUUUAUCCUUUUUUGCUGAAAAAAUAAAAUUGACAUUCAGUUCCGUAAAAGACUGAGGGGAUUUCUUUCAGUCAAUCUGAGCAUAAACAAGUGAGUUAAUAAAUGGAGAUUCUUUCUGAUGAUGGUCUAGAAGCAGCAUCUAACAACAAUAAUCAAUAAUUUUCCAAAAAUGAUGCUUCACCAUGUGCAUUUGGGGAGCUCGAGGAAACAGAGAGGGGGUU